AAGUAUGCAUCCAUGAAAGGCCCAGUAAAGUCUUUAUCUCCCUGUCCUUCUGUAAGAACAAUUUGUGCAGGCAUGGAUGAGUACAGCCGCUUUGUGGAUUGGGACAAGAUGGAUGCCAGCAUCCAGAACCAGGACCCAAAGGAGUUAACUUGCACAGAGUUCCAGGAACUGAAACAUCUGGCCCGACAGGGCUACUGGGCCAAGAACCACUCUUUGCGAGCCAAAGUAUACCACAGACUCAUUAGUGACAUUCCAUGCCGCACAGUGACACCAGAUGCAAAUGUGUACCGUGACAUUGUUGUGAAGAUAGUUGGCAAACGUAAUAGUGGCACCCUCCCACUGCCAGAGUUUGUGGAUAAUAGCCUGGUUCCCACUUAUUGCUUGAAUGCUGAGGGCAUUGUGGCUGUCAGGAAGAUAAUUUCCUGCCUUGCUAAUCAAUUCCCUGACAUAUCAUUCUGCCCAGCACUGCCUUCUGUAGUUGCUCUGCUCCUCCACUACAGCCAGGAUGAGGCAGAGUGUUUUGAGAAGGUGUGUCGCAUCCUUGCUUGCAAUGAUCCCUCCAAGCGCCUCAUUGAUCAGACUUUCCUGGCUUUCGAGUCCUCCUGUAUGACCUUUGGUGACUUGGUUAACAAGUAUUGUCAGGCAGCACACAAGCUGAUGGUAGCAGUAUCUGAGGAUGUGCUAGAAGUAUACUCUGACUGGCAACGGUGGCUCUUUGGAGAACUGCCAAUGGUAUAUAUUGCUCGGGUCUUCGAUGUAUUUCUGGUGGAGGGUUACAAGGUGCUCUACCGGGUUGCACUGGCCCUUCUCAAAUUCUUUCAUAAAGUAAGAGCUGGGCAACCUAUGGAGUCAGACAAUAUACAACAGGACAUUCGCACUUUUGUGAGGGACAUUGCCAAGUCAGUGUCUCCUGAGAAGCUCCUGGAAAAAGCCUUUGCCAUACGACUUUUUUCCAGGAAGGAAAUCCAGCUUCUACAGAUGGCCAAUGAGAAGGCCUUGCAGCAGAAAGGCAUCACAGUCAAACAGAAGAGUGUUACAGCUCCUAAAAGGCAAAAUGUUCACUUGGCAGUUCAUGCCGAGAACUUCAAGUCUGAAAUAGUCAGUGUGAAAGAAAUGAGAGAUAUCUGGUCAUGGAUCCCAGAGCGCUUUGCACUUUGUCAGCCCCUUUUGCUUUUCACCACUUUGGAGCAUGGUUGCAGCCUGAACAGGUUUUAUUCUCACAUUGAGGGACAUGAGCCAACUCUUCUCCUGAUCAAGACGACAGCCAAAGAGGUCUGUGGAGCAUAUUUAUCAACAGACUGGAGUGAGCGCAGGCGAGGAGGAAAUAAGCUGAGUUUUUUCGGGACAGGAGAGUGCUUUGUGUUCAGGUUGCAGCCAGAAGUGGAACGCUAUGAGUGGGUGAUAAUCAAGCACCCAGAGCUGGCAAUGGCUGGUUCUGAACGAGGGAGUCAUUCCACACCGGCUUCCAAUGCCACAUCCUUCAGUUCUGUCCCCUCAGACCCAUCAGAUCGCCUUUCCCCCUUCCUAGCUGCUCGGCACUUCAACUUGCCUUCCAAAACAGCUUCUAUGUUUAUGGCUGGCAGUACCGAGUGUAUCAUCAUAGGAGGUGGUGAUGGCCAAGCUCUUUACCUCGAUGCAGACCUGAACCAUGGGAGAACCAGCCACUGCAAUACCUUCAAUAAUCAGCCACUGUGCUCUGAAAACUUCCAAAUCUCUGUUUUGGAGGUAUGGGGGUUCAAGGACACCUUGAGUGUCUGAGCCCCCGAACAAGCUCCCAAUGUCUCAGAAUUCUCAAGACAGACAAAUAGUAAUGUAAGAGCCAAGCUAGCACAAGUUGUCUUGGGCUCAUUAUCAUUUAAUACUGACUAAAGAGCAUGCUAAAUGUAGGGCUUAGCUGUUUACUUGUUGCAUAGAAAGAUGCAAUAGUAAAGGGCUAGAUGAUGCAGCUGGUUAAUUCCUUAGCUGUUUACCUCUAGAGACCUGGGUUCAAAUACCACUUUCAGUAACAAGUGGGAAUAUGGUGAUUUCAGUCUGCUCCAAAGCAGAAUUCUGUCCAUAUCGUAGAAUCACCACACAUACCAAUGCAGUUCAGGUCUAAGGCCCAGGACAUGCUAAGUGGAACUGAGGUAUGUUGGCAUGGCACUUGUACAGUGCCUGACUUAAGCCAGUGAUGUCAAGCUUUUGACUUGCAGGAACACCCUACAAAAUAUUUGAGACAAGACAGUGGUUUAUAAGAUCAGUAUCCUUCUACAAAGAGACUCUAACUGUAGUUCUUAUAGCCAGGCAGGCUCAGGCGGUCCUUUUCAUCACUUCUUCAUGAACAAGUUAAAAAAGCUCUCGACUUGUGAAAGGAACAGUGAUUGUUAAUUAUGUUUUUCCUUGCAUCUGAUAUCCGCUCGUGUUCUAAUUUCAUUUUCCUGUGGAGUUUGCUCCUCUGUAAAAGGUAUUGUCUGGACAAUGGUUUCUCAGAGGGCUGACUUUGUGUUUACAUUCUUAUUCCAUAUCAGCAUAAUGACUUCAAAUUAUAAUAUGACUUGUGGGUCAGGCAGCUAAAAUCAGCAGGGUAUAUGCAGUGUACAAAUUCUCAUCUGUUUUCAUUUGUCAAGGCAGCUAAGAUGAGGCUUUGCACCAGGAAGUGAUAACUGUCACAGUGGGACAAUCGGGGGGGGGGAAAUUGAGGCAAUGUUGAAUAUAGUACCUCAGUUAUUUUUCUAAAGGGAAAUUGAUACGGCGAGGUGAUUCUUCUUCUGAUGCAGAAAACCAAGCAUACUUAUCAAUAUCAGUCUUAUGCCUGGGAUUGUACAAGUUCCUGAGAGAGGCUGUAGGGGAUGCUGUUCCUCUAUCUCAUGUGCCUGCCAGGUGAGACUAAUGCUUCAUCUAGUUCCUCCUCCAUGUGAAAGGCAAGCUGCUUUGCUAGCAAUGCCUUUUUGGUGCAGGUUAGACAAGGCAGAAAAGGCUUCUCUUGCUCUUAAGUUCUUCUGGGUCUCUUCCCCAACUGUGCUUUGUUAUCUUGAGUGAUUUAAAAGUGAUUUCCCAUUGCAUGAGAUUUAAUUAGCUGCCUGGAUUUGGGACUGGUACGUACUAAGCAGGGGGAGGACAUUUCAAUGCUCCAUUGGGGACCACUAUGAGCAAAAACAUUGGGGAAUUCUCUAAAUAGCUCAGACAGCUCACCAGUAAGGGGGAGAUCUCUAACUAAAUGGAGGAAAGGGGGAAUGCUAUUUCUUCUGGAGAUGUACAUCUAGAUGACUGCACUAAACUGGGGACUCUUAAUGGUUAUUUUUUAUGCUGGAUUUCUUUCAUAAAGCAAAAUCAAAAUGUGUAGUCCCAAUCAGUGGCUCAGUGGACUAAGCAAGGUCUUGUUAGAAUCCAGUAACCACAGAAGAGUCCAGUUCAGCUGACUGGCUUGCUCAGUCUUCCUGCACACUGUAGAUGCCUGAUGCAAGCUGUAUUGUAUGGAGCAAGCUUCUGGCACCUAGCCUUGCACCUGGCAUAGGUAGCUAGGAGUCCAAUGAGUGAAGUUAUCGCAUUGCCUACAUUAGUUCCCAGGUUUUAAUUGACUAAACCAAGACCCUUUCUCCUCCAGGUAGUCUUAAAGCACAGGUUCACUCCUGUGGUCUCAGGGUUCUGAAAUGUCAGUAUUCACUCCUUAAGCCUACCAGAAGGAGUAUAAGCCACACACUAACCAAUAGGUUACAAAGGCAAGCAGUCAUAGUCCAGUAUUCCCUGCAAAAGUUGCACACACAAAUUUUGUGCACAGCUGCCUGCUAUCAAAUAUGUCUUAUUCAAAAUACUGUUUCUUUUUGUGUCCAGCUUUUUGAGGAGGAAAACAGACUGUCCUGCUGGCAGUAUAAGGAGCCACUUUGAAGACAGAUUUCCACCCACUGAAAUGGAGGGAUCCUUGGAAAUAGGAACAGGGAAAGUUCACUAGUUUAGUUCAAGCAUAGUUUAGUUCAAGUCCCAAGUACAGUAUCCCAAAUCUUUGUCUUGGGAGUAAAUCAGCCAGUUCCCAGAUGGUUCCUGCCCAAGAUGGUUAAUUGCACUGAUAGUUUGGAGGGCUCCAGUCCCUGAAAUGAGAUCUGGACCUCCUACCAAAGUGAAGGAGAAAAUAACCAAGGUGACAGAUUUAUAUUUAGUAGGUUGAGCUCCAGAUAGCUCCUCUUCAGCCAGAUCACUGUUCAGGUAUCACUAGAAGGAUUCCUAAACCUCCUACUGCUCUCCAGGUGAUGCUGCUGAGUAUAGCCUGGGAAAACAAGUGAGCACUGUGUUCCAUAGGCAGUCACUUCAUUAACUGCUCUGACAUGGGUAGAUCAUAUCUCGGUAGUGGGCAAUAUAAAAAUCCCCUUGGUGCCUUUAACUCGUUGUGUCUGCUUCUCAAAAUAAGACUUCUCCAGAUUGGUACUUGGCCUGAAAAGGCAGUGGCCUGGAGGUGGUGGGGUGUGGUUAAUGCAUCUUUUUACAGAGCUGGGAGCAGCUGAUACAAUCCAACUGCACCUGUUACUAUUGAUGGAAAAGAGCCUUGACAAUCAUACAGUGUUUUACAAGCUCCUGGCAAGUGCUGCCUUCUGCCUGUCAGAUAUUGGAAAGUAAAUGCCAUAUCACUCUUUGUAACUUAUUAAUACCCUAUCAUCUUUGCUUGGGCAAAGGAUUCAUUCAGAUAUCUUUAGAGGGAUCUUCUAAAUAUAUUUUCCCUGGCCCUCGUCCUCCCAGAUUGUCUACAAUUUGCUCUCUCCCUCGAGUUGUUUGUUGGCAAGAGGAAAGGACUUUUGCCUAAAGCAAUUCACUUUACUUUAUUCUGUCUGCAAAAUACAGCCAGAGAUCAGCAGAAAUGUUUUAAUUUUUACUUCUCCCUCCCACCUCUACUGUACAUAGCAAUAGAGUUUAAGUGUCAUAGUUAUCUUGCUCCUCAAAUCAUGUCUGAAAAGUCCCUUCCCUCUCUUCCCUCAGAGUGUUUGGGUGGAAGCAUGACCUCAUGAAAUAGCUGGAAUAGAAGAAGCUGGUGUGACAAAUCUGGUUUUAGAAAUACUAGCAUGAUUUUUUUUCUUCCAUAAAACCUGAAGGAGGUUAGGCAUUCAUUUCUACCAAAAAUCUAUGGGAUUUAGGCACCUGACUCUCAGGCCCCUUAGAAAACCAGGGUAAUAGCGGCUUCUAAACCCUUGCACAGCUAGGGCCCAUAAUAAACCCUUAGAACAUAUAUAGGUAGUCAUUUGCGGAAAGACGGCAAGCUAAAAUUAAGUCUCCAUAAAGGAGGUCAUUACAAUGGGUGUUGGAUGUCUGUGGCUAGUAGUUUCUAAGGAAACAUCUUAGCAGUUGGAAAGGGAAUAUAAACGUUACCUUUGGAGCACUUUUGUCGGGGGGGAGGGAAGCCAUUAUACAGAGUGGGCCUUGUGCUGGGAAGGUCCUGUUGCAUGAAUCCUGCUUUGGAAAUGGUGGCUCACAAGCCUGUGAACUUGUCACAGAAGUAACUUCUGCCAGAUGGAUAGGGAAGCUGAUCAUAUCUAGUACUCUAUUUCUUUGUUCGUAUCAAUACCAGCAGCAUCAGUUUGCAAGAGUUGGUGCUAAAAAUGCCAUUAAGGCAAGUAUUUAAGA